CGGAGCGGGCGCAGCGGUGUGAGGUGUUUGUCUCCUGGUCUGUGGCCGUAGCGGCUGCGCAGCUCCGUGGGGUGAGCGAGCCGGGGCUGUCUCCGGUGUCUCCGGGCCGUGCGUGAGGGGCUUAGAGCUGCUGGACGCGUCAGUGCCGAGGAGGAGGGAGCAGCGGCAGGAGUAAGAAGAUUUCUUUGCUGGCUAUUUCUUCAACCUUGGUCUUCUGAUGCAAUAUCCUUUGAAAUUAUAAUGGGUUUUAAAUGGGAGCAUGAAGAAAACUGGCCUUGUAUGUGAGAAGUGGUACAGAUUACUGUAAAUAACCAUGACAACUUCUCAUAUGAAUGGACAUGUUACAGAAGAUUCUGACAAUGAAACAAAAAAUGUGGAGCUUGCAUCUCCUGAGGAACCUCAGAAGCACAGAGAGAUGGCUGUUGAUUGCCCUGGGGAUUUGGGCUCCAGGAUGAUGCCAGUACGACGAAGUGCUCAACUUGAGCGGAUUCGCCAGCAACAGGAGGACAUGAGGCGCAGGCGAGAAGAAGAAGGAAAGAAACAAGAAUUAGACCUUACUGCUUCAAUGAGGCUUAAGAAACUAGCGCAGAUUCCUCCCAAAACUGGAAUAGAUAAUCCUAUGUUUGACACAGAAGAAGGAGUCAUUCUGGAGAGUCCUCAUUAUGCUGUAAAAAUACUAGAAGUGGAAGAGCUGUUAGCUUCUCUUAAGCAUAUCCAACACACUUUGGUAGACCCCCAGAGCCAAGAGGAUCUCUCUCUCAUUUUACAACUUGUCCAAAAUACUGAUUUUCAGAAUGCAUUUAAGAUACAUAAUGCUGUCACAGUGCACAUGAACAAGGCCAGCCCUCCGUAUCCUCUUAUCUCCAAUGCACAAGAGCUAGCACAAGAGGUACAGUGUGUUUUGAAACCCAGUCACCAGAAAGAUGGGCAGGAGCUUAGUGCUUUGCUGAAUGCCCCUCACAUUCAGGCACUUUUAUUAGCUCAUGAUAAGGUUGCAGAGCAAGAAAUGCAGCCAGAGCCAGUGACAAAUGAAAAGGUUUAUGAGAACUUUGGCCUGUAUGGAGGGGAGACAGUGAAAAUAGUUCGCAUUGAGAAGGCACGAGAUAUUCCAUUGGGUGCUACAGUGCGCAAUGAAAUGGAUUCUGUCAUCAUUAGUCGAAUAGUGAAAGGGGGUGCUGCAGAGAAGAGUGGGUUAUUACAUGAAGGGGAUGAAGUUCUGGAAAUUAAUGGCAUUGAGAUUCGUGGAAAAGAUGUUAAUGAAGUUUUUGACUUGCUGGCUGACAUGCAUGGCACUCUGACAUUUGUGCUGAUACCCAGUCAACAGAGCAAGCCGCCUCCUGCCAAGGAGACAGUUAUACAUGUGAAAGCACAUUUUGACUAUGAUCCUUCUGAUGAUCCUUAUGUACCUUGCCGAGAGUUAGGUCUGUCUUUUCAAAAGGGAGAUAUACUCCAUGUGAUCAGCCAAGAAGAUCCAAACUGGUGGCAGGCCUACCGAGAUGGAGAUGAAGACAAUCAGCCUUUGGCAGGCCUUAUCCCAGGAAAGAGCUUUCAACAGCAAAGAGAAGCAAUGAAGCAAACCAUAGAAGAAGACAAGGAGCCAGAGAAAUCAGGAAAACUCUGGUGUGCAAAGAAAAAUAAAAAGAAACGGAAAAAAGUUUUGUACAAUGCCAAUAAAAAUGACGAUUAUGACAAUGAAGAAAUUUUAACCUAUGAGGAAAUGUCACUGUAUCACCAGCCAGCAAAUAGGAAAAGGCCCAUUGUCCUGAUUGGCCCACAGAACUGUGGCCAGAAUGAACUACGUCAGAGACUAAUGAAUAAUGAAGUAGAUCGCUUUGCAGCUGCAGUUCCUCAUACCACUCGGAGUAGGCGAGAGAAUGAAGUAGCUGGCAGAGAUUACCAUUUCAUCUCACGGCAGGCAUUUGAGACUGACAUAGCUGCAGGGAAAUUUAUUGAGCAUGGCGAGUUUGAGAAGAAUCUGUAUGGUACCAGCAUAGACUCUGUGCGGCAAGUAAUCAACUCUGGCAAGAUAUGCCUUUUAAAUCUCCAUACACAGUCAUUGAAGACCCUACGCAAUUCAGACUUGAAACCGUAUAUUAUCUUCAUUGCACCACCUUCGCAAGAGCGGCUACGUGCUUUAUUGGCCAAAGAGGGUAAAAAUCCAAAGCCAGAAGAACUAAGAGAAAUCAUAGAGAAGACCAGAGAGAUGGAACAGAACAAUGGCCACUACUUUGACACAGCGAUUGUGAAUUCUGAUCUUGAUAAGGCAUAUCAGGAGCUACUUCGUUUAAUAAACAAACUUGACACAGAACCUCAGUGGGUGCCAUCCACCUGGUUACGGUGAAAAAGAACAGUUUUAAGGGACAAGCAGAUUUCUAUCCAGCAGUCUGUCAAAGGGAGAUUGCACAUGAAUCAAUACAACUUAAAUAUUAGGUGGCAGUGUGAACUCUAGACCUCUGUGGGUGCAUCCCUUGAUAGUUGGUGUAUUAGUGAAGAAAAUCCAGUAGGCAGUUCAUGAACAGAAUGAUAUACUGAUUAAAGAUUUUUGGGGUUUUCUUCUCUUUGGACUAGAAAUGGAAGCUCUGAACAAGCCAGUACAAUUUUUAACAAUUUAACUAGCCUUUCUAGCAGCUGCUUUACCUUUUCUCUCUACAAUCACCUUUCUUUAAAAACUAAAGAUUUUAAAUGUAUGUAUAUAUACAGUCCAUGUUGCAUAGUUAUAAAU